CACACCACUGAGUCAGUGCCUUAUUCAGACAUCUGUCUCCACACCACUGCAGCACAGACCCAUCUCAUUCCUGCUGCUUGAGCCUCUACAUCCUGCGCCACCAUGUCCAGCACUGUAGCCGCCUACAAGGAAAAAAUGAAGGAGCUCUCAAUGCUCUCGUUGAUCUGCUCUUGUUUCUACUCUCAACCACAUCCCAACACAAUUAGCAAAUUUGGUGAUAUGGAAGUGAAACCAAUUAACAAGCGUGCAUCUGGACAAGCUUUUGAAGUAAUCCUGAAGCCCCAGUCGACUGAUUUGUCACCUGAACAACCUAUCUCACCAAAGAAGAAAGAGAUCUCUUUGGAGGAACUCCAGCAACAGCUGGAUGCUGCUGAGGACAGGAGAAAGUCCCAAGAGAUGCAGCUUUUGCAGCAACUUGCAGAAAAGCAGCAACAUAGGCGUAUAGUUCUACACAGGGCGAUUGUGGAUAACUGCGACUUCAGCAGAACUACUGAAAGAAAGUUAAAUCAGAAGAUGGAAAUUUGUAAUGAAAAUCGCAAAGCUCAUAUAGCUGCCCUCAAGGAUCGUCUUCGUGAGAAGGAAAGGCAUGCAGCUGAGGUCCGUAGGAACAAGGUGCUACGAGAGGAACUUUCUGGCUAAACGUCUUUCUAUCACUUUGUGAAGAACACCCUGGAAUGAAUCUAAUAAUAAUAUCCUGGCUAUCAAGAUACGACUUUUGUUUCUGAAUUCAGUACUUCUAUAUAAUAGUUCAUGCUUUUUUGCAUUCAGAUUAUUGGUUCUUAUUUCAUGUGCAAUACAGAAAGUUGUAAGCAGGCAAAAAUCAGCAAAAUAUCAAUAAUCUAAUGAUAUUUAAAACAGAGUAUUAAUUGUUAUUGACAUCAUAAUCUGCCAAUGUAUUUUAACAUGUGUAUAUAUAGACGCAUUAUAUUGAUUAACAGAUUCAACCUACAAUUAGAAAAGGUUUACCAACAAAUUAAUUAAUAUGUUUUAUAUCCCAUAUGUAAUUAGCCAUUGGGUUUUUAUUGAUAUUAUCAUGGAUAACUAAGCAUUGCCAGUUUUUGAAGGGUUAUACUAUAGAAUAGUAAUUACAGCUGCUUUCUUAGUCCCCACAUUUACUUCCUUAAUCUGUCCCCCAGCAUGCUGCUGCUUUUGGAAUUCUCAGCCAUUUGAAGACUAACUGAGCAUCUCUGAUGCAAUGCAAUGAUUUAUGCCAAUAAAUUAUGUAAGUCAAGCCAAAUUCAUCAAAUCAAAUAGAUAAAAGUGACUGUUUCUCAAUUGUACGUCUGAACAAGUAUGCUGAUAUAUUUUAAAACAUACAUUUUAUUGUUUAAAUGUUUUCUCAUUUCAUUAUGGUUAUGUCUUUAAAUUUAUCAUUAAUUUAAUAAUUUAACAAUAAUAUAAUUUUAAGUGAAUGCCAAUUAUUAUUCUGUGGAAAAAUCACUGCUUAAUUAUGACCUGUUGCUGCCUAUUAGGCCUUUGUAUCUUUAGAGAGCAUAAAAAUAUCUAGGCCUUCAACAGACCUAUCUAUUUGGCAGUUGAUGUUGUGGGUUGAACUUGUUAAUAAAUGGAGUAAGUUCCAUCUAUAAAUAGAAAACCUCAUUGGUAACAUUGUAUAGUACAGCUGUCAGAUUAAGCAAACUCUUUCUAUAUCUUAUGCUCACUAAAGAGGGGGAACCUUCCAUGUAAGUAAGCAACAUUUUGGUGAAAUUAGUCUCCCUGCAAAAAGUAAAUGGUUAAUUGUGUGUGUGAGAAAUUCCUAAAUUAUCCAGCUGAAUUUUUGUCUUAUUACUGCUGUAGCUGUGCCGAGUAGAAAUGGUUUGCCAAAUUUAAAGCUGUAUAAGUUACAGAUUGUUUGUUUGGUGUGGAGUAUCUGACUUUGAAAAUUAUUUUGUAAAUACCUAAUUUUCUUUGAAAGGUUUGUGUUCGGCAAGCUGGUACAUAACCUUUAAUCUGUAACACUGUACUUUGCUAACAUCUCAUUUAAUUAUGUGCCAUUUCACCUCGAACUCUGACAGUUUGUAUAUUUGCCUAUCGGACUUGAAACUAGAGUCAGGGUAAGACCGUAAAUGGUGCUAGAUACUUUCAUCUACUAAGUGUACUUGAAGGUGGCAUGUUUUUAAUCACUUGAUUAGAUCUUGCUAUUUAUUGAUGUGUUUGUAUUUGAAUUCUUUGGGCUUUAUGGGAAGAUGUUAACAAAUCUCUCCCAUCUCGGUUAAAAGUCAGAGGAAGAUGAUCGCCCUGAAGAUUCUUGCCCACCCAUUUAGGUCCCAUAAUGUGCAUUUUAACGUCAGUUCAAAAUUGUUGUAGUGUGCUACAUGUGGUUACAAAAUAAAAUACAUAAUAUAAUCCA